AUGCAGCAGCAGCAGCGAGUGCAAAGUACGCAACAGCAGCAAAUGCGAAAUACGCAGCAGCAGCAGCCAAUGCGAAAUAAGCAGCAGCAGCAGCAGCAGCAGCAAAUGCGAAAUAUGCAGCAGCAGCAACGAGUGCAAAAUACGCAGCAGCAGCAGAAAAUGCUAAAUACGCAGCAGCAGCAACGAGUCCAAAAUGCGCAGCAGCAGCAGCAAAUGCGAAAUACGCAGCAGCAGCAACGAGUGCACAAUACGCAGCAGCAGCAGCAAAUGCUAAAUACGCAGCAGCAGCAACGAGUCCAAAAUGCGCAACAGCAGCAGCAAAUGCGAAAUACACAGCAGCAGCAGCAAAUGCAAAAUAACCAGCAGCAGCAGCAAGUGCAAAGUACGCAGCAGCAGCAGCAAAUGCGAAAUACACAGCAGCAGCAGCAAAUGCAAAAUACGCAGCAGCAGCGAGUGCAAAAUACGCAGCAGCAGCAGCAGCAGCAGCAGCAAAUGCGAAAUACGCAGCAGCAGCAGCGACUGCAAAAUAACCAGCAGCAGCAGCAAGUGCGGCAUUCGCGGCAGCAGCAGCAAGUGCAAAAUACGCAGCAGCAGCAGCAAAUGCGAAAUAAGCAGCAGCAGCAGCAAGUGCAAAAUACGCAGCAGCAGCAGCAAAAUGCGAAAUACGCAGCAGCAGCAAAUGCAAAAUACGCAGCAGCAGCAGCGAGUGCAAAGUACGCAGCAGCAGCAGCAAAUGCGAAAUCAGCAGCAGCAGCAGCAAAUGCAAAAUACGCAGCAGCAGGAGCAGCAGCAAAUCCGAAAUAA